AUGCCCUCGCGCCAAUACUCCCGUCACCAAUACCGUCACCACGAGGCGGAACAGUUAAGCUCCACUAAAGCGACACCUCGCGGUUUUACGAGCAUGUCUCUACUGAGGAGCGUCAAGACCUUCCUCACACCCACAGGAUCGUCCGCAAAUUUAGAACACUCGACAGGGUUCCGCACCGCAAAGACCGAGACUGAACUAUUUACGCCCACUCGGCCCGAUGUUGACGGCGGAGAAUGUCUUCGGGACUGUGACUCGUGCACGACGCAUUAUCCGAAAAAGUUCUCCAUUGAUGAAUCAGAUAAAUUGUACGGGCACGUGAAAGGAUGGAAUACGCAUUUAAUCGUCGGGACGGGACGGACAGAUUGGGUGAGGGAUGUCACGGACGAGAAAGGAUCUGUGAUGCAUGCGGUGGGCAAAGCCGGGUUGGAGAGGAGGAAUGGCAAGUUGAUGCUCAGUGCGAGUAAUUUACCGAGUGGCGAGGAGUGUCAUGGCCCGGGGGAGGAAGAGGGCACGGCCGAUUGUUUACUGCUGCCAGCGUGGGUGGUGGUGGAGAAGGUGAGGCCAAGUCAGGUGGAGGGAUUGCUUAGGCAGGUCGUGGAGAAGAGUGUGACGAAUAAGACACCACUGACAAAGAGGGAGAAGGAGGUCAAUGGACUUGCGCACGCACACGCACAGGCACAUGGUUCGGAGAUUGAGAAAGACAAGGAAACAGAAAGGGAACAAAAUCUUCCGAAUGGAGAGACAGAAACAAAUACAGCGUCACGAGAGGACGGUCAGAAUACGCUGCCAGAUGUUGCAGGGUUGCAGAUUGGAGGUGCAGAGCAAGAGCAGGAGCAGCAACAAUCCAAUGACCACAACGCAACACUCGAACCAACGACACUGCCGGCCUCAAUGUCCUCCUCGUUCAAAAUCCGUCCCAUUCCUCAUUCCUACCUGAUUCUCAUGUGCAGUCAUAAGACCCGCGAUGCGCGUUGCGGUCAAUCCGCACCACUCCUCCGCAAGGAAUUCGAACGCAUCUUGCGCCCCAUGGGCCUGUACCGAGAUUUGCAAGACGAUCGUCCAGGCGGCGUGGGCAUAUACUUCAUCAACCAUGUCGGAGGACACAAAUAUAGUGCCAAUGUGAUGAUUUAUCGGCGGCAGCGGCAAGAAGACAGUAGGGGAGAGGCGGUGCAGUUGAUUUGGUUGGCGAGGGUCAGGCCGGAGGAUUGUGAGAAUAUUGUGAGGUAUACGGUGUUGCAGGGGAAGGUGGUUAAGCCGCAGACGCAGUUGAGAGGUGGAUUUGACAGGGAGAGAGGGUUGACCAGUUGGUAG